AUGCUUGCAAAGGGCUUCGCACAGUCUUGCAGCAGCUGUCAUCUCAGUCAUCUCAGGUUCAGCACAUACUUUGUGGAUCCUGACGAGGAAAAGAAAGAGGAGAAAAUCGGAGGACUCGGGAUUGUGAAAGGAGAUCAACAAAAGUAUAGCAGGUCUGAAGAAGCAGCACCCUCCAACCAGGGCCUCUUGGUGCGAGGGGUCGCCACUGUGGAGGUUUCUCCAUCUAUGCUGCUUUCAGCUCCAAAGGUUACAGCUGUGCAUCCAAGAAUGGUACCAUGGCUUGAUAGAAGCCGCCGAGUCCCUGACUUCGAGGAGGAUCCAAGCCUUUUGGUGGUUGGACUUGGCUUUGUGAACACCAACCGCCUUCGUUGCCGCUUGAUUGAUGCGGCUGGGCGUGCGAUCGUGUCGCCCUAUACCAUGUUCAUCAGCUCUACACAGGUCCGCUGUACUCUUCCGCUCUAUGAACUGCCAGGAAGCUCGAAUGUGACCGUUCAAGUAUCCAAUGAUGGAGCAGAAUGGUCGCAAGAGACUUUCGAGGUUUACAUCGUUUCAGCUGUGGAACUGUGGACUGCGUCCUUGGCUCCAACUUUUGGAGUCCCCACCGGCAACACGGUACAGGUGACCACAGCCAGUGCCUUGCCUCGCAUCGCGACCCUGGGAUGCCUCUUCGGCCUCGGAACAGAGUCCCGCUCAGAGGUCCAGCAGCGUCAGCUCUCAGUGGCCGAUCCGGAGAUAGUUUCCAGUUGUACGAACGACACCAUGUGUGAUAGCAAUCGCACUUGCGUUUUCAAAGAAGAUCGAACAUGGAGCCAAUGUGUGCCCUUAGACGAAAAGACCUUCCAGAAGGAAUGCAGCUACUGGGACAGGAAGAUGCGACUUGCUGCCAUAGCAGCAACAAAGAUGCAGUGUAAUUCAGUCAAGUGCGAAUGGGACCAGGACUGCGAAAUGGGAACAAUAUGUGUUAGCAAACCAGAUGGCAGCUGGGCUCAGUGCGUGCCUUUGGCCAAGGAGGAGUUCCAGGAACAGUGCGUGGGAUGGGAGGAUGAUUUCCGCUUGGCAGGGAUCAGAGCCACCCAUUUCAACUGUCCAAAUACUAGGUGCUACUCGCAAGAUUGGUGCGUGCACGGUGCUCGCUGUGCACUUCAAGAAAACGGUGAUUGGGGGCAGUGCAUUAUGUGCCAUGAGAAGAGCUUCCAGACCAAUUGCUACUCUUGGCGUUCCUCCUUCAUAUCUGCCGCAGAAACUGCAUGCCACAGGAAAUGUUUGUUCGACGAAGCCUUCGAGGACAAGAGUGGAGAGAAGGAUGCGAAAGGAACUUUGGGAGCUAGCUCAGAUUCAUCGGUCACUGGAGCCAUGAGGGAUGCGGAAUCGGAUGAUGCCGGAGCCCUCAAAGAGCCAUAG